AUGGCUUGUCAUUUUGUUAAUGAAUAAGAAGUUCUUGAAUAUGCUUCAAUGACUAGUUCUCAUCAAGAUGAUGGUUCUGAUGAUGGCGGUCAAAGUGAGAAUGAUAGAUUAUCCAAUCAAAUAAAAAACCCUAUACUUUUAAAAUCUGAAUCAUAAUUUUCAGAGAGUGAUAUAUCCAACAAGAUUAAGUUGCCUAGGGGAGGAAGCAUUGUAAUGACAAAGGCUGGUGCUAUUCAGUUCAGCAUGGUUCCAGAGACAUUGAAAGAUAGUAUCAACUUAGGUUUGGAUGUCCCUGGAAUUUUUAUUGUACCUUCACAUAGAUUUGAUAAACGAUUCUGUUUGUCUGUAGCAGAGUUUGAGUUUCCAGCUUACUUCAGUUUUUUCGUAAAGCGAAGACGAGUUACCCUGAUAACAGAUAAGGAAGGAGAAGAAGCAAUAAGAGCUAUUUUUCAAGAAACCUUACUUGGUCCUAAAGACUUAUCUAGAUUUGAUUAGGAUUUUAGUAGUGAUUACAAUUGCAAACCUGACAUAUUAAAAGAAUUGGGCCAUUUUGCUAAGAAUCCCUUCAAUCCAAGCGAACCAUUAACUGUUGAUUUAUUGAUCAACUUUUUAAUUUUUGAUGAAUAAAAUCAAGUUAAUUUGGGUUAGGAAGUAGUCGUAAAAAAGGAAGAUUAGAAAUUUUUGAUAUUUGAGAACGGGAAACAAAUAGCUAAGAUGAAAAAUAAAGUUGAAAUCUUGAUAGAUGAUGCUAAAUCCAAUGCAUAUAUAAAAUACGGAUUAUUUAGUAAUCCCAACGAUUAAUAAUAUGUUGAACAUUAUUUUGAAUAGACAUUUACUCCUCCUGCAUUUGGAGUAACAGUUUUAGGCUGUUCACAUGGAUUUGACCCAAAAGGAUCAGUUUCAGGUUACAUCUUUUGGAUAAAUGGUUUAGGCGUGAUGCUUGAUCCACCUCCAUUUACAACACUUCUCUUGAGAAAGAAUGGAAUACCAAGUAGAUUGGUGAAGUGGGUAAUCAUAUCGCAUAAUCAUGCCGAUCACGAUUCAGGAACCUUUUAAAAACUAUUAGAGUCUGAAAAAACCAUUUUAAUUAGUACUGCAACAAUUAAAGAGAGUUUUGUUAGAAAAUAUGCAGCCAUGACUGGUUUUUCAGCUGAUUACAUUGAAUCACUAUUUAACUUUGAAAGAGUCAUUGUAGGACACCCUUUGAAGAUAAAUGGAGCCUCAUUUGACUUUCAUUAUUCUCUCCACAGUAUUCCUUGUUUAUCUUUUACAGUGAGAUUGGGAGGUAAAUCAAUCUAUUUCAGUGGUGACACUUUCUAUGAACCUAAUGGAUUAAAAGCUAUUUAUGAGAAAGGAGUCAUUUCAGAAUCCAGAUUCAAUUAUUUGAUUAGUGAAGAUAAGUGGAAUAAUUCACUCAUCUUACAUGAAGCUGGUGUACCUCCUAUACACACUCCUGCAAAAUUAUUGGCUUUACUCCCCCCAGAAGUAAAGGAGAGAUUAAGAUUGAUUCAUACUGCCGCCAAAGAUAUCCCUCCUGAUUCUGGAUUGAGAGUCCCAGGAGUAGGAUUAGAAAAUACUAUAGUAUUAAUUAAUUAAACUGAAGAUUUUAGAUUGAAUACUAUUUAAGAAUUGAGUUUGAUUGAAAAUAUCGAUUUAUUUAAACAUGCAAACAUUCAUUAAGUAAGAUAGAUUUUUGAAAGUUCAAUUCUUAAGAAAUAUGAGCAAAACUAAAAUAUCUGUGUUUAAGAUGAGAUUGGAACUGAGUUUUAUAUAAUUCGCAAAGGCACUGUUAAAAUACACUCUGAAAAUCCUGUCUUUGUGAAAUAUUUGCAUUAUGGUGAUUAUUUUGGCGAAGGAUGCUUCUUCAAUUAAAAUAAGAGAAGAGCCAAUGCCACUGCUAUGAAUUAAUGCGAUUUAAUAACUUUGAGUAAAGCAGACUUUUUGAGGGUAUUUUAACACGAUGAAGUUAUGCAAAAAUUAGAGAAUUUAUAAGUAGUUCGUUCUCAAACCUAAAUUAUGGAUAAAAACAAAUUCUUCUCUUAAUUAACAUCCUAUCAAAAAAUUCAAUUGGAAAUGCUCCUAAAUUAAAAACGCGUUUUCUAAAAACAUUCCAUGAUUCAAUAAUAUGGUGUUAUGGCUACAGUAGCAUUUUUUGUAGUAUCUGGUAAAGCUUAAGUGAUAUUACCUUCUGAUUAUGUAGUGUAACAAUUUGAAGGAUAAUCUGUAAAAGUUAAUAGAUAAGAAUCAACAAUUAGUGAUCAGACCAAAUAAUAAUAAUAAUAAAUUAUUGAUUAAAAAAAGAAGAGGCUAUCUUUACCCAUCAAUCUAGCCAUGCUUGAAUAAUAAAGACCGAAUAUCUAAACCCCAGAAGUCUCAGAAAAAUCAUCAAUAAGUGAAAUAAAAACUUAUCCUCUGACUAGUGGAAUGUUCUUUGGAGAAAUUGAUUCAAUCGUUUAAAACAGAAGAACCACUACCAUAGUUGAGGCUGUAGAAGAUACUGAAAUUAUUAUUUUGGAAUCAUCUUCCUUAAGAUCCUUCUUGGCUGACAAUCCUGGACUCAUGGUUUUAUUUUAAGAGAGUAUCAUUAUUGAAUGA